GUAAGUGUUUUCAUCAAUUCAAUUCAGGAUUGAGUAAGGAUGUCUCCGAAUUUGGAAUACGUUGGCCUUUUAAUGUUUCUGGCCAUGGUAGGAAAAACAGAGGAUUCCCUAGUAAAAGGUUAUUGUAGUUGGGCUUGCGAGAUUGUAAACGCUCAUCCCUGGGGAACAGUGUUUUCAAAUACAAGACACCUGAGAGCUAAAUUUCUGUUGAACAAACGCGUCGAACAAGAGUGCGCGCGUUUCACCAACGAAGCGAACACUAGCGAAUGGAUAAAAGUGUGGAUUUACACCAAGCAAGAAGCUUCCAUCGCAAGUUCGAAUGACUUUAGUCUCCUGACGUCAGCAAUCUUGAGUAACCUUCCAUUAUUUCCAUUUUCACUUGACUACUGGGAACAGGAUGGCAACAUUUCUUGUGUUUGUCGACAAAAGUGUGGCCAAACAUCGAACGAAUCCAACGGAACUGCAAACGGACUCGAAGCACUCUAUUCUCCAUAUUUUUACAUCACGAAAGAAGCUUCCAAUUUCAGUAAAAACUUUAAACCUUUUCUGAGCUACAUUUGGUCGGAGAAUAUCUUCACUGUUUCCGCAAGUUUUACGGAACGAGAUGAAACUGCCACAAACAUUCAAUUCUUUCAGCAAUUUGAAGGAUUGCAGUAUACUACAGUUUCAAUACUGAGACACGUGCUUUGGAUAUUUUGCACUUUAUACAGCACAUAUUUUUUGACACUUUUUCUUCCAAACAUCAGCACAAAAGAGAUUUCAGAGGUCCCUGUUACUGCAAUUCAUCCAGAGAGUGAAUCAGAAAAUGAUGGAAUGUCUUUAGUGGAAGUAGAAGCCAAACCUUCACGGCAACCACAACCAACAGAGCAAGACUAUUUUGUAAAAGACUGGCUUGACCAAAACCCUGUUAAUUCAGGUAGUCUGGAUGACUUUGAUGAUUAUUCUGAGGUAGAUUCAAUUAUUCAAUCAUUACCAGAAACAGAAGGAAGUGGUGGCUUCAAUACAAACAGAAAUGCAGGUCAUACAGUAGAGCCUUCUGGAUUGCAGCAUAGUAUUUUGCAAAUGGAAAGUACUGUAUCCAAGGCAGAGGCUGUCACCUCAUUCAAGCAUCAUGUCAGUAAUAGACAGAACAGUGAAAGAAACAAGUCAGUUUACGUGAUACACUUUGGUGGGGGACCCAGUCCAGUAGGUUUGAGAAGUUUUGUUGCCACAAAACUUCUUAGAUAUAAGCUGAUAAAUUUUGCUUUUAUGUUCACUGCCCCAGUUUUUAUUUUCUUAUUGGUUGAUAUAGCGUUUGUUUUGUUACCAGGAUUAGUGUUAAAAGUUGCUACCCCCAGCUUGCCAUCAGCAUCCAUGACAAAGUCUGUGUUGCUGUUUGUGUACGAGUACCCAUAUUCGCUAAUGCUGUUGUUUUUUUAUUGCUUCAGAAUUUUAGGCCUUUGUAUUUUUCAGUCUUUGGAAAAUAUUGAUUGUGUACCAUGUUUUUCAUGUAGAAAGCAUCUUUUGUGCUUCAUUGGUAGGAAUUACGUUACCCAGUUUAUUCCCCUUAACUGUCUGCAAUUUACAGUAUGUGAUGAAUGUAAAAAAGUGCAUUGUUCCAAACAGCGUGAGUUUCACGUUUUCUCGAACAUUAAAUACCAUGUAGAUAGCCAGCCAGAUAUUCUAGAGAAAAACUGGAAAGAUGUCAAGGAUGCCUUUCAUCGUAUGUUUUCAAGAUUUUGCUCACAAUCCAAUGAUGAUAGUAAAAAAUGCUGGGUACUGAAAACUUUCAUAAUUUAUGUAGUUCUUUUUAUACCUUUCUUGAUUUUUUUCUUGAUUUUAUGUGUGUUAGAUUUUGGACUUUCCUGUCCCAUCAUCUCUUUUUGUUAUGGAAGAGUGUGGUUUUCAUCCCAAUGGUUUGAAGGGAAAAGAUCCAAACAGUUUUGGUGCCUUUUCUUGGAGUUUAUAUUCAUUUUUUUCUCAAUUGUGUGGGCAAUAUAUUUAUCAGUUUGCUGUUCUAAGGCAUUGGUGGUAGCAGUAACAAGCCUUUUCAUAGCCGGUGUAAAUUAUCCUUUAGAAACAGUAAGUACUUAUGCCAUUAUUACUUUGUUUUGGGUGAUUUUGUGGGACCAAUACAGUGCCUUUACUGAAAGGUAUGCUAAACUUGACAAGAUGAUUUCUACCAUUUGCACUAAAAAUCAUCCCAUGAGACUGAAGCAGUACCAGCUGCAGAAAGGAGAUGGACAUACCUACUUCCCAAAAGACCUUGUAGAUUUUGUGCAUAGAAAAGUGAUACCUUUGUCAAAGAGUGUAAGAGAGCUGAUUGUAACCUUAUUGAUUUCAGUGGGUGGUCUUAUUUUUAUGGUGUUGGUGUCAACAUCAACCAAAGUGCCUAACAGUAAGGUUCUUCCUGCUGUUUCUUCUUUUAUGUUACUUAUCCAAUUAUUACUUCACCGUUAUAGUAAUGGUAGAGAGAAAAAAAAUGAUUGUAAGGAUCAAGAUUUAAAAGAAGCAGUAAAGCAACAUGUGGCUGCAUACUUUGAGGGGAAAGUAGAUUAAACCAUGGUAAUUUACUCAGUUAUUGAUUUUGUUGACACAAAAAUCUGGCAAAUGCAGCAGUAAUUCUUGUUAACUGGAGUUCUUCGGAGAUAAAGAACAAAACAAAACCAAAAAAUGGCAUACCUCGCAAGAGCAGUUACGUGUCCUUAACAAUCUUCAAGAUUUCAAAGUUUUUCAAAGUUAGUCUACGUGAUCAUUAUUAAUUUUACCUCUGCAUAUAAAAAUUCCCUGGAUUUUAUAAAGCUGCUGGGAUCAAUUUGUUCAUGUGUGAGUUGUAUCUGUCGGAGAUUAUGUUUGAUUGUUAUGUAAAACAACAAUUAAAUUGCAUCCAUUUCCAUUUAAGAAUCUGGGAUCAAUAUCGAAGCAUUCCUUACAGGUGUUGUAGGUCAGUUGUGGAUCCAGUAUGCUUACAGUAAACAGGGAUAUAUUUUUGUGUUCAAUUAUUAUUUGUUAGGCAAUGGCAUGUUACAGCCAUUGAGCUUUUCAGAUCCGAAAGAUAACAUUGGAUAGAGCUAGAUUUUCUGGAUGUACAUGAUACUUAAAUGAUGGUGACAGAACUUCUUAAGAAAAUUAUACUUUUCUACAAUAGAGACAUAACUCAGCGUCUUCCAUAUUGGUUCAUAUUGGAAGCUCAGGUUUGUCUAGAGUAUCUUUAAAAAUGGCCUUCUACCAUAUAAGUAAUAAUAAAGUAAAUGAAAAAAUGUGUCAUUGAGAGUUUUACAUCAUAAAUCUGAUUGGCUACCAACUGCCCUGAUUUCAGCCUUUAUUGGACAGUUUAAUAGGACAGUUCGCGUCAUGCCUAAGUAAAUGGACAGUACGCACCAUCACGCGCGCGCUUUAAUGGCUUUUUUUUCCACUACUAGCAAAACAAAAUGUCGAAUUUCUUGUGUUUUCAUUUAAAAAAUAGCCUAUUAUACCACAAAUUUUGUGAAAGUUAUGAUUAAUUGGUAACAGAACUUCGUGUCGUCCAAUUCGGUCUGUAAUCAUACUCGUGAUUAAUCCCUCGUAUGGUUACAGACUGAAUUGGACUCCACUCAGUCCUGUUACCAUUACAAAUUGGGUAGUGUAGCUGUUAAACAAGCCUUGGUGGUGACUAUAAGUCCAGCUAGAGUAAGGGUUAAUCACCCUGCCAGCAGAGUGCCUAAUUUUGGCAAAGUUGAGAAGGACUCGGCAUGAGUUGAGUAAGAACUUUGUAGAGCAUACACAGCUUCCAUUGCUAGGAUAAAAUUUUGAAGCCAGGAAUAAUAGCUGUGUGUGCUUAGUACCGCGGUCUCGCAGUUAUGACCAUCAGUUUUUAUAAAUGGAUGCUUGCAAUCAAAAACCAGUUUGUCAAGAGAAAACAAGAUUGACUAGUCCAGAAGUUUGGGCUGUGGCAACUUCAAAGGCUUGACCCAAGCCUGCUUGUCUCCUCCUCCAUCAAGGGGAAACAAAAGGAGGCUGUGCUGGCAGGGUGGGGUUAAUCAUGUUUAAGUCAACUAUGUUGCUACUGAUGUACAGUGGCGGAUCCAGGGGAGCCCCCCCUCUAUUUUUAGAACAUACUGAGGUCCAAAGGGCUGAAAAAAAUUUUUUGGAGACUGCUCCCUCCCCCCCCCCCUCCUUAUUUCAAGGUCUGGAUCCGCCAUGCAUGUUGUGUGAACACCAGUGAGGUGAAAGACAAGGGUACAAAUAAAUAAGUUGUAACAUGUGAAUUUGUUGAGGAACUCUGAGACUACCCGCAAGGUUGUACAUGUUUGUUCAUGUCAUGGUG